CUUAUAGUCAACCAUACAACUGACUCAGAAUCGACUUGGUGGCUGACUUUUUUCCACAAGAAAUUUCGUGUAAAUUUACGAUUGGAAAUCGCCCAAAUCGCUUUGCAAAUAAAACCUCACUGUGCAGUUCAGUGUGCGCGUGUGAAUACAACAUAUUGCAAUAACUACUAUAUAUUAAACGGAAAGUGCAACGUGUGCAAUUGGAAGCCGCAAAAACGUAUCACGCCCCAGUCCCGUAGGCACAACAAUAGGUGGAGAGAGUGCGCAAGCGAGAGUGAGCGAGAGAGGAGAGGAGGUCAGCAAACCCGCAAUUAAGAAAAAAAGUCGACACGUAGAGACAACAGUCAAAAGAAACUUAAUAGUAAACAAUCAUGUCAUCCGGCGACUUUGGCAAUCCGCUGCGCAAAUUCAAAUUGGUGUUCCUCGGCGAGCAGAGCGUCGGCAAGACAUCGCUGAUUACACGCUUCAUGUACGACAGCUUCGACAACACCUAUCAGGCGACAAUUGGUAUUGAUUUUCUAUCUAAAACCAUGUACCUCGAGGAUCGCACAGUGCGUCUUCAACUCUGGGAUACGGCGGGUCAAGAACGUUUCCGUUCGCUGAUACCAUCGUACAUUCGCGACUCCACUGUGGCUGUGGUUGUGUACGAUAUAACGAACACAAACUCAUUCCAUCAGACAUCCAAGUGGAUCGAUGAUGUGCGCACCGAGCGUGGCAGUGAUGUCAUCAUCAUGCUGGUGGGCAAUAAGACGGAUCUCUCGGAUAAGAGACAAGUGUCCACCGAAGAGGGCGAACGCAAGGCGAAAGAGCUAAAUGUGAUGUUUAUCGAGACGAGCGCCAAGGCCGGCUACAAUGUGAAGCAGCUGUUCAGACGGGUCGCCGCGGCGUUGCCAGGCAUGGAUUCCACGGAGAAUAAACCUUCGGAGGAUAUGCAAGAGGUUGUGCUUAAGGAUUCGCCCAAUGAGACGAAGGAUCCCGAAGGAGGCUGCGCCUGCUAGAAUUGGGCAAACGAUACCCUUUCCUCGCCUCUCCACAUCCUUCAACACAACCUCCGCUGCAACCUCUACGACGACUUCAACAACAACCUUCAGACAUUGACACACGCUGGCGACGAGUGUAAACCAGGUGUAUGUGGAACUUGCAAGCUAAAUACGAAAUAAAUACAAGACACAGGCACACACACAUACACACAACAAUUUUAUGUUUAAGUUUAUUUAUAUAUAUAAAAACAAAAACAAAAAAGUAUAAAACGAAAUGAUAGCAAAACAUAAAUAGACUAAACAACUAAUUUAACGCAAUCGGCUAAAAAUAUGUACGUUAAAUCAAGUAUGCGCCUAAUCCUAGAUCCUAAUCCUAAAUCCCAAGCUAAGUUUAGUUCACAUAGCUCUUAAACCUGGCAGCUUAACGUUUCGAUUAUUGUUCUCUUGAUGUAUGUCAAAUUUAAGAAAGUUAUGACUAAACAAGAAAUAAGAUAUCAUGGCACCCAAAUCUGGAGCGUGUGAGCUAAGCUUAAAACUUGAACUCUCUUACAAUUUGUACUUACGACAAAGCAACAAAAACAAAGCAAAAGAAAAACAUUUGAACACAUAACAACAGCAAGAACUAGAUGAACAUUCCAAAUGAUAAGCUGGUUGGCUUCUUCCAAAUGGAGAAGAGGUUAAAGAUAAAGAUACAUAUUCGAAAAUACAGAUACCACAGCACCAGCUUGUGUUCAAGCCCAGAGAGUCCUUCCUCCCUCCAUCCCCAAUUAAACCUAUUAAAAUAGUAGAUCAGAUAGAUAAUUGUAUAAUUAUCAUCAACCACGUUAUCAAUUCAAGAAGCGAUUCUGCGAUUUCGUUUUUGCCCAUUUUUUGUGACUCGUAUUUAUUUUGAAGCCCCGUUUUGUUUGCGGCUUUUUUUUAUUUUGUUUUUGAGUAUUCAGCAGUUGGUUGGCGCAGAACUUGGCAUCUUAUGAGUAAUAAAUAAAUAAAUAAAUAUUUAUAUAUAUAUCUAAAUAUAUAUAUAUAUGAUAUGAUAUUUUUAUGAAGAAGCAAGAGGCACGAGAGUAAACAAUUAACAAUUAAACAAUAUAUAUUAACAAUUUUUGCUUCGAUUAGCGAGAUGAUGAUGAUGAUGAAGGAAAAGAACUUUGUGCAUUUUUUACGCAAGCAAAGCAAACAAAGCUUACAAAAUUGAGAAAAUACGAAACGCAAUUUUUAAUAAAUCAAAUUAUGAAACUAAACAUAAUAAGUAUUAGCAAUAAAUUAAAAAAAAAAACACUACACCAUGCUAAUGUCGAUUUCUUUAGGAAUGUGAAGAGUUGACUCAUCAGCGUUUAUUAUCUUAUCGUACGAUAAGUGGGCCAUUUUUACUAAAUGGUGAUUGAUUGUAAUAUACUUUUUUUCAGAUAUGAAAAUACUCCCCAUCUUAGCACUAAAGAUAUUAAAACUAUCGUUAAUUGGUUUACCCCUGUUGGGGGUUCUUUAUUUAUUUGAGGAUUUUUUGUAAUGUAAAAAGCGUAAAUACAACUGAAAAAAUGCCGCGGUCAUUUUG